AUGUAUUCUCAUAAUGCAACCGGCAGCAGCAGAGCCUCUUCCGAAACCGCCCGCUACCGCGGCGUGCGCCGGAGGAGCAACGGAAAAUGGGUGUCUGAGAUCCGUGAGCCAAGAAAGCCCACCAGGAUUUGGUUAGGCACAUUUCCCACACCUGAAAUGGCCGCAGUGGCUUAUGACGUGGCAGCUUAUGCUCUCAAGGGUAAGGAUGCGGAGCUGAAUUUCCCUGACUCCGCUUCCUCCCUUCCUGUCCCCGAUUCACUCUCGGCGCGUGAUAUUCAGAUGGCGGCAGCCGCUGCGGCGGCGGCUGCCGGAGCUGCGAAGGAUGCUAUGCAGACGCCAACGUGGAAUAAUAACUCUUCAGGGGUACAAGAGAAGCAAGCAGGGACGAGUAACGAGUUCGUGGACGAGGAUUUGAUCUUUGACAUGCCUAAUGUUCUGGUUAAUAUGGCUCAGGGAAUGCUGCUUAGUCCUCCUCCUUUUGACAUUGGUCUGGAACCUAACAGCCCAGAAAACAUGGAACAUGAGACAAGCCUGUGGAAUUUCCCUUAAGACAAAUACUGAUUAAACCCUUUUGUUAAUUAAAUUCAGCACUGUAAGUUAUAACUAUAUAUUAACGCUUUAAAUGGUGAAGAAAAGGAAAAAGAGAGCAGAAAAGGUAUCCUGUUAUGAAUUAUAUGGGCGAACUCUCACAUCAAACCUUUUUGCUUGGACAUGACGAAAUUUAUGUAAUGUGUGGCAAGAGUAGUGCCAUUA